UGUGAUUGGUCAACGCGUGAACGAUGCGACCAAUCAGCUGAAACCCCGCGGGGAACGUCACACGGCGGCGAUUAUACAUAAGAAGGACAGGAGGGGGCGCGGUCUCGCUCUCAGCUGUGUGAUUGUGGCAGGAUCUUCUUGCAUUUUUUUCACAAUGUUUUCCAAGCUCGUCCAGAGACGCACCGUGGGUGCACUGUACAACAACCUGAAGGCUUCCAUGAGCUCGGCAGGACCGGCCGCGACACAGAGCAACGUGGAGGAGGUGCUCACCUCGGAUUAUGUCUAUGACAGAGAAGCAAAGUAUGGGGCCCACAACUACCACCCUCUACCGGUGGCCCUGGAAAGAGGGAAAGGUGUCUACGUAUGGGACGUGGAAGGCAGAAGAUACUUUGACUUCUUAAGCGCAUACAGUGCAGUAAACCAGGGACAUUGUCAUCCCAAAAUAGUCGCCGCUCUAAAGUCUCAGGCGGAUAAGCUCACCCUCACCUCCAGAGCCUUCUACAACGACGUCCUGGGAGAAUAUGAGGAGUGUAUCACAAAGCUGUUCAACUAUAACAAAGUAUUACCAAUGAACUCGGGAGUCGAAGGUGGAGAAACUGCCUGCAAGUUGGCAAGAAAAUGGGCAUAUACAGUGAAAGGAGUACCCAAGUACAAAGCGCAGAUCGUCUUUGCAGCUGGUAACUUCUGGGGACGGACAAUGUCUGCCAUAUCCAGCUCCACAGAUCCUUCAAGCUAUGAAGGUUUUGGACCAUUUAUGCCAGGAUUUAAGAUAAUUUCUUACAAUGACCUACCCUCUCUUGAGAGAGCACUUCAGGACCCCAAUGUAGCAGCUUUUAUGGUGGAACCAAUCCAGGGUGAGGCGGGAGUCAUUGUUCCUGAUGAAGGAUACCUGACAGGAGUGAGGCAGCUGUGUUCGGCUCACAAUGUCCUGUUCAUUGCCGAUGAGGUACAGACUGGCUUGGCCAGAACUGGGAAGAUGCUGGCUGUGGACCAUGAAAAUGUCCGACCAGAUAUUGUGAUACUGGGAAAAGCUCUGUCAGGAGGAGUUUAUCCUGUAUCUGGCGUGCUGUGUGACGAUGAGGUGAUGCUCACGAUUAAGCCGGGUGAACAUGGGUCAACAUAUGGCGGCAAUCCCCUGGCGUGCCGUGUAGCCAUGGCUGCCCUAGAGGUCAUCGAAGAGGAGAAAUUGGCAGAGAAUGCCAGAGUGAUGGGCGAACUGUUAAGGGCAGAACUUAUGAAGACCCCCUCAGACAUUGUCACUGAUGUUAGAGGAAAAGGAUUGCUCAACGCUAUUGUCAUAAAACAGACCAAAGAUUGUGAUGCUUGGAAGGUGUGCCUCAGACUUCGUGAUAAUGGACUUCUGGCCAAGCCCACACAUGGCGAUACCAUCAGACUGGCCCCACCGCUGACCAUCAAGGAGGACGAGAUCCAGGAAUGCAUUGAAAUCAUCCAUAAGACGCUCCUUUCCUUCUGAGCCCUCUUCGGAGUCUCAAUAUCCCUUCCCAUGUGGUUACUCGGUUAAAUUAGAUACUCUACACAUUUAGAGUGUUACUAAAGUUGCUCCAUUGGACACAGUGUGCCCUCUACUAAAUUGCUAGUGACCCCCUGUAUAUUUCUUGGUUGGGGCUGGUGGGUUCCUGGUAUGGGUGAUGGAUCAGUAUGUUACAGUGAGCUCAUAUAGCCCCUUGUACUGAAGAUGAUGCUUGUAUCUAGUGUUUUGGUUUUUCUAUGUAUUGUAGUAUUUAUAGUAAGAAACAUAGAGAUUAUUUAAUAUUAGCUGUUAACAUUGUUGAUGCUUAUAAAAUGUGAAUAAAAUAUGGCUUCUCUGUAA